UUUGUUGAUUAAAAAUAAAAAUCGAAAGAAAAAAAAUCGUGAAAUUCGUGAAUGGUACGUGUACCGUAUGGUUGGGCAUUGAUUGAUCCCUAGACAAUGUUCGUCGGCAACGCUGUACGCCUCGUUUGCAAUUUAGUCCCUGCACUUUUCUAUCUGGUCCAGUUUUCGCCAUGUCGAGAUUCUUGAAACUCGGUAACAUCAAGAGAGAGUCGCAGUAUUUAUGGACGAAACGUAGCAGCGCCUCUUCGGAAGGGUUGAAAUAUGGCUCCAUCGUCAGAGCCGCUUUAUAUUCUCCUCAACGCAGAUUGUUCUCGCAGUACUUUCUGCCCGGCAGUAGACAUGCUUCGACCGCGACACGUGAAAUUGGAAAAGGGUUCUACAGAAGUGGCAUCACGACUUAUUCUGCAGUUCCAGCUGGCAAUAGUGUAGCGCAUCAUGCCCAAAUUGCUUGGAAGAGAUUGGCACAUAUGUCUGCACUUAAUGGGCAGACUCGUACAGCCAUAAACCAGAUUGCGAAGGCUGUCAGCUUGGGCCUGAGCCGUUCUUACAUGGUUGUUCCUGGUAUAUUUACUCUGAUGUGCGGAUCGAACUUAGCAUUGGCAAAAGCCGUUCCAGAGACGGAUAUUAUGCAUCCGAUUAAUAAUUUAUAUUUACGAGCCGAAGAUAGCCAUCUGUUUUUGACUAGGCUGGUCAUUUCCACGUGCGAUUGCAUUUUCUUGCUGCUCAGAACUUUGUUUCUUGCAGUGUUGUUCACUCCAAGCCUUGCCAUGGCUCCAUUUGCAGAUAGUUUCGGACCCGAGUUUAGGAAAUUAUGGCUUAGAGUUGUGCAUCAAACUUUGGAAAGAGCAGGUCCAGCAUUCAUAAAAUGGGGGCAGUGGGCAGCAACACGUCCGGAUCUAUUUCCUAGAGACUUGUGCACCGAGUUAUCGAAGCUUCAAACAAAAGCACCUCAGCAUAGCUUUGCCUACACGAAAAAGACUAUCGAAAGGGCUUUUGGUCGUAGAAUUUCCGAAAUUUUCGACGACUUUGAGGAAGAACCAGUUGCAUCUGGAAGUAUUGCUCAAGUGCAUCGAGCUUCUUUGCGAUCCAAGUACCCCGGUCGCAAGAUCAAGCCAAUGCUAGUUGCUGUUAAGGUGAGACAUCCAGGAGUCGGGGAAUCGAUAAAACAGGAUUUCGAGAUUAUUAAUAUAGUGGCAAGAAUUUCCAAUUUAAUACCUGCGCUGAAUUGGUUGAGAUUGGAUGAAAGCGUACAGCAGUUUGGAGUUUUCAUGAUGUCACAAGUUGACCUUGCUCGAGAAGCUGCUCAGUUGAGCCGCUUCAUAUACAAUUUUCGAACAUGGAAGGAUGUCUCUUUCCCUAAGCCUGUAUAUCCUCUAGUCCACCCUGCUGUUUUGGUGGAAUCUUUCGAGCAUGGAGAAUGUGUUUCUCACUAUGUAGAUGAGCUCGGAGGGAAUGAUCGAGUUAAAAGUGCUCUUGCCCAUAUUGGGACCCACGCACUGCUGAAAAUGCUCCUGGUGGACAACUUUGUUCAUGCGGACAUGCAUCCUGGAAACAUCCUUGUACGUGUAGCUAGGAGCAAGCCUUCUGGCAAAAAGCUGUUUAAAACCAAGCCACAUGUUAUAUUUCUUGAUGUGGGCAUGACCGCGGAACUUUCUAGAAACGAUCGUGUUAAUUUACUGGAGUUUUUUAAGGCUGUGGCUCGUAGGGAUGGCCAAACUGCAGCAGAGUCCACACUUAGAUUGUCGAAGAAGCAGAACUGCCCUAAGCCAGAGGCUUUCAUUCAGGAAGUGAAAGAGUCGUUUGAAUUUUGGGGUACAAGAGAAGGAGAUGUGGUUCAUCCGGCUGAGUGCAUGCAGCAAUUACUCGAGCAAGUCAGGCGUCACAGAGUAAACGUUGAUGGCAAUGUUUGCACUGUGAUGGUCACAGUUUUGGUCCUUGAGGGCUGGCAAAGGAAGCUCGAUCCAGAUUACGACGUGAUGCAUACACUGCAGACAUUGCUCCUAAAAGCCGACUGGGCAGAAUCACUUUCUUAUACAAUCGAAGGGCUCAUGGCACCGUGAAUGGGGUCUUUAACAUUACUGAUGCAUACACUACAGAUAUUACUGAUGCACAGCAUUUUUUGACAACGUAGUAGACUUAAAAUCGAAUAUCGGUUUACAUAAUCAUGUUUUAUCUGCAUAUAUAAUUUAUUGACAUCUUCAGCUGGCUCUCAUGCUCUCACAAUUUUGUUAAGGACAUGCUAUCUUGUGUGGGGUUUCUUUUCUUUUUUUUUUUUUUUUUUCUUGAACAUGAUAUUGUUUUGUAUUAUUGAUUACAUUAGUUCUGGAAAAUGGUAGCCAAGUUGUACCCACUCUCGAGGAUAUUGAGGUACUGAAUAGUGAAUAAGCUCUCGGGAUUCUCACUUACUAGUCCCAUAGCCAACAAUAAUCGCAAUUUGUCGUUUUCUUACGUUCUUGGUUGUGUAUAUUGUACACAUUUGGCAUGGAUUAAUGUACAUUAUAUUUACGAUUC